AUUACUGGCUACAGCCGGUAACCGUCAGCCUGUAUUGUCCUAUAAAAACGCGUCAGCCUUUAAGCCUGCCUUCAAACUUUCAAAGGCUUCUCUUUCCCGUCUCUCUCGUCAGGCAGCUUUUACAAAAAGCUCUAUCUCGAUCAAUUUCGCCCUAACGCAGCCGGGAAAUAUCCAGAAAUAUGACGUUGGGGAAUUCCAUUUCCGUUCUCGCCUUGACCAUUUUCGCCGUCGUUUCUCCUUUUGCCGGUGCUCAACCCCUAGCUCCUGCCCCUUCUCCCACAAGCGACGGAACAUCAAUCGAUCAAGGAAUAGCUUAUUUGCUAAUGGUGGUGGCGUUGGUGCUGACGUAUAUCAUUCAUCCCCUGGAUGCAUCAUCUUCUUUCUUCUGAUACUCUCUGUAUAAUCAAAUCUUAGAGUUCUAAUUUGACAGUAAUGAGUUUAUAGUUUUAUUAUUAACCUUUCUUUGAUAAUUUGUUUAUUGUACAUGUACUCCUUUAGUUAUGAUUAAUAAAUAUUCAUUUAUUAUUUCUUUGUUAUUAUAAAAAGCAUUCCAAAAUGCUUUUAUUUGUGCUCAUCAAGUAUUCUUUUGUUAUUCUGUAUGUAAUUUCGUUUUUAUUUUCCACCAUUUCUUUCCACCAUAUCC